AUUUGAGGUAAAGGUGAGCAUAUUUGCAAAAGAAUCCAUUCUAAUGAUGUCAUUUCUUCUUGCAAUGUUUCUGCUGUAGCGACAUUGAGCAGCAAUGCGUGAACUACUUGUUCAGCGUUCUGCUUCUGGCAAUGGCCGCUCACCCAACAGGUGACCUCACAAGUGCCUUGGAGUUCCCUUCUCUUCAGUCCUCCUCCUUCCGCGGGGGCUGCUGUGCAAGUGCCUUGCUGGGCUUUUUGCUGCUUUUGGCCACAGUCAAACUCAAACGUGGAUUAUCCCUUCAGCACUUUGCCGUGUGGAUUCUCAUGGCUAAGGUUACUGCCAUGAUCCUGUCGACUUUUAUUUUCUAUAUGGACAUGAACACACCAUCUAUGAUUUGUAUGGCAGUUAGCCACGUGAGCGAGGCCUUGUUGGUUUAUUUUGAGAGAGAAGCACAGUGAUGUCAGCACUUCUGGAUGGACCAAAAACCUGCACUUGUGAACAAAUGUUCUUCUCAUAUGCCUUAUUUUAAUAUUUGUAUUUUAUUGUUGCUGUGAUGAGCUAUGGACAGAAUAAAAUAUCUGUUUACGUA